ACACUGCUGUGAAUGUUUGGUGGUAGAUGGAAACCUUUGGAGGGAGAUGAGCAUUGACCAGAUUCCUAUUGAGAACCAUGCCCUCUGACUUUAUGGUGAUAUUCUACUGAAGCUGUUUGCAACCCUCCUAAAUCCCCAUCGGUGACACAGAAGUGGGUGUGUUAUUUGAGUGUGCAUGUUUGCCAUCCUGCAUGUGUGUCGGCAGAAAGGUCAUAUACUGGGCCUUUUCAUGUCCGUCCCCUUAUGAGGGCAGAGCAGCUCCAGGUUCUCGUCCAAGCGCCGCUCUUCCUCGGCUUCUUUAACUCUAGCAACCUAGCAAAACGCUUUCGUUCUGUUCGGCCCGUCCGACUGGAUCCCCAUCAUCAUGAGUGUUUCCCACGAGACCUGCCUCCUGGACCAGGUUCUGGACCUGAUUAUGAACGAAAAGCCCCCCAAUAGCACAAGCCUUUUCCUGAACGAGGACACAGAAAAGCCCUCUUUACCAGAACGAGGAGACCUGAGGAGGAGGAUACGCCGAGCCAUGGAGAGAAGAGCCAGCAGCGUGAAGGAGAGGAUGGGUUCCGUCACCCGGGAUGGAGUCAGAGGCUUCCUCAAGAGAAACCUUUUCGUUCUGCUCACCAUCGCCGCCGUGGCUCUGGGGGUCAUCCUGGGAUUUGCCCUCCGACCCCGCAACCUCUCUCUGCGUGAGAUCAAGUACUUUGCUUUCCCCGGCGAGCUUCUGAUGAGGAUGCUGCAGAUGCUGGUGCUGCCGCUGAUCGUGUCCAGUCUGGUGACUGGUAUUUCCUCUCUGGACAGCAAGGCGUCCGGCAAGAUGGGCAUGCGUGCAGUGGUCUACUACAUGGUGACCACCCUGAUCGCUGUCUUCAUCGGCAUCGUCAUCGUGAUCAUCAUCAGACCCGGCAGAGGCAGCAGGGACAGUCCGCUGGCCAAGAGCGGGAAUAUUGAACCUGUUCAGGCGGCAGAUGCUUUUCUGGAUCUCAUCAGAAACAUGUUUCCUCCAAACCUGGUGGAGGCUUGUUUCAAACAGUAUAAAACGGUCUACAAGAAGACUCUACGCACAAGGAAUAUAUCCGUGGCCCUGAAUCUCACCGACGCCCUCAAUGUGACGGGCGCAAAUCUCAGUGUAGUCUCUCACACCAUCCAGGAGACAGUGGAGGAGACUGUUCCUGUGUCCGGCUCCUCGAACGGAGUGAAUGCACUCGGCUUGGUCUUCUUCUCCAUGUGCUUCGGCCUGGUCAUUGGGAACAUGAGACAGCAAGGGAAAGCCCUGCGAGACUUUUUCGACGGCUUGAACGAAGCCAUCAUGAGGCUGGUGGCCAUCAUCAUCUGGUAUGCACCGGUGGGAAUCCUCUUCCUGAUCGCAGGGAAGAUUGUGGAGAUGAAGGAUCUGGCAGAGGUGGGCGGCCAGCUGGGGAUGUACACGGUUUCGGUCAUCGUCGGCCUCCUCAUCCAUGGACUGUUUGUCCUGCCGCUGCUCUUCUUCCUGGUGACCAGAAAGAACCCAUACAGCUUCAUUGGUGGUCUGCUGCAGGCGCUCAUCACCGCCCUGGGGACCUCAUCCAGCUCCGCAACGCUGCCCAUCACAUUCCGCUGUCUGGAGGAGAACAACCGCGUGGACAAACGCGUGACUCGUUUCGUGCUCCCAGUCGGCGCGACCAUCAACAUGGACGGGACGGCGCUGUAUGAAGCUGUAGCUGCCAUCUUCAUCGCUCAAGUCAAUGACAUGGACCUGAACUUUGGCCAGAUUCUCACCAUCAGUAUCACUGCGACUGCUGCCAGCAUCGGAGCAGCAGGCAUCCCUCAGGCUGGCCUGGUUACCAUGGUGAUCGUAUUGACAUCGGUGGGACUGCCCACCGAGGACAUAACGCUGAUCAUCGCCGUGGAUUGGUUCUUGGACCGGCUGCGUACCACCACCAACGUCCUGGGCGACUCCCUCGGCGCAGGCAUCGUCGAGCAUCUGUCUCGAGGCGAGCUCCAGAGUCAGGACGACGAAGUGCGCAACUCAGUCAUCGAGGAGAACGAGAAGCCGUACCAGCUCAUCUGCCAGGACAACGACACUGUCAACCACCACAACAGUGAAACCACAAUGUGAAGGUGAAAGGUCGUGUAGCAUGACAGUUACAGUCGUGACUUUGGCCCUCGUGAGAAAUACAGUUUCAUUCUAGUCUGCCUGAAGUUCACAAAAAACCUGCAGACAAGUUACAUUUAAAUAAUAAGGAAAAAAACCAAUGUAAUAACAGAACCAAGCUGGUGCUGGUGGAGGAGACAACUUUUUCCCUCCUGGUAACGUGUGGUGAUGAAACAGACAACUUACCAUCAUCAGUGUUAGAUUGUGUCACUAUUAGAGGGAGGAACAACAAUUCCUAUCAAUAGAUAUAUAUGGGCGAUCGUGAAACAUAUUGUUGAAGGGGAUGUGAGUUAUGUUUUUGCCACUGAAGAUGAGUGGUGUUUCACUUCACCUAUUAAGCAUCUAAACAACUCCUUCACUUCUGGAAAGUCAUUUUUACACUACACAAAAAUGAAAAUGUGAGUCAAAGUCCUUCAAUCCCACUAAUAUUGCAAGUGUUGUAGUCCGAUGUUCAAGAGUCACACAGGUCAUUCUCCCUGCAGCCGUGUUGGCAUCAUGUAAUACACCUAUAGUGUGUUCAGUGGUGACGUCCCAAAAAGUUUUUUUCCGCUAUGUAUUUAUUUGGGAUUAUUCAAUCUUUCAUUAUUUAGUUCAAGCCAUGAAGACGUGACUGAUUUACUGGACUCCCUGACACUCAGACCACAUCUACCUCUGCAGCCUCCCACAAUUUACCUUUCUGUAUGAAAACAUUUAAUUACUGAAUGUAUUUCAAUGUCAAAAUGCAUUAUUUAGAAUGACUGCUUUCAAAGUGAUUCGUGAAUGUUCUAUUUUAGUGAGUUGGUUCUUACGGCAGUUUGCAAGUUUGCUAAGUGCUGAGUCCUGACACAGUUUUUCUGCCACUCUGUUGGGUAUUGUUUCGUUUUCAACUGAAUGUCCAUGAGUUUGUGAUUCCAAUGUGUUUGAGUUACAAAAAUAUUUUGUUGUUUGGUAGAGCAGUACUGUGCCAGCAAUUUGUGCAAAUAUUUGGUAGUAUUUUAGACAAAAUCAUAGAGUGUAAAUAAGAAAAUUUCUGACAUUGUGUGUGAAUUAUUGAGGUGCUUUUAGUUGAAAUGUCUUAUCCCAGAGAAGCGGCUUGUUAUUUUGAUGGACAGUCUUUGAAAGUGUGCUAAAUAAACAGCUCAGGAAUUCAA